CAUGGAUGCCCGGAGUGUCAGCCUGGAGAGGGCGAGCCACUGGGCGGAGGCUGAACUGGGCGGGCGGGCGUACAUGCGGCUGGGCUCGGGCGUGAAGGGGCUGGUGCUGGAGGAGGUGACCAGACGGGACGAGGGCGAGUACCGAUGUCGGGUGGAUUUCGUCGAGUCGCCCACCAGGAACCUGCGCGUCAAACUCCAGGUGAUAGUGCCCCCCCGCAGCCUGGCCAUCUCAACGGGGUACUCCUCCAGCAGCCGUGUGACCCGCGUGGCAGGCCCGUACCCCGAAGGAUCCGAGGUCACACUCUCCUGUCAGGUGCUAGGCGGUCACCCUCGCCCUCGUGUCACCUGGUGGAACGAAGGGGCGCUCCUGGACAACGUAAGCGAGGUCAACACAGGUCAGGUCACCCGCAACGCCCUCUCGCUGCCCCCGCUGACCCGCGCUGACCUCAACAAGACUCUGACCUGCCAAGCGUCCAACUCCAACUUGUCCAUCCCGCUGUCCACCGUCAUCACGAUAGAUAUGACCUUUCCGCCGCUCUCCGUGACGCUGGGGCCAGGCUCCGGGAGCGUGCUGACGGUGCGGGAGGGCGUCGGGCAGACCCUGACCUGCGAGGCGCUGGGCUCACGGCCGCCGGCGAGCCUCGAGUGGUGGAAGGACGGCAAUGUGCUGUCCCUGCCGGCGAAGGAGGAGGUGGAGGGCGACAUCUCCCGCUCGAGCGUCACGGUGGUGCCCGAGGCGCGUGACCACGGCUCCCUGGUGACUUGUCGCGCCCACAGCCCCAGCCUGCCCGACCAAGGCCUCUCCAACGCCACCACGCUCUCCGUCCUCUACAAGCCCCGCCUGCAGCUGAGCCUCGGGUCGCACCAAAACCUGGACGGCGUGGAGGAAGGUGACCAGGUGACCUUCAAGUGCCAGGUAGACGCUAACCCCCAAGUGACCGGCAUCCAGUGGGCCCAGGACGGUGUGCCGCUCCGGACCAACAAUUCGAUGGGAGUGCGCGUCGUGGAGGACAGGCUGGUGCUGGAGGGGGUCACGAGGGCCUCCACGGGGCACUACACCUGCGCCGCCGCCAACACCGAGGGCGCCCGCACCUCCAACGCCCUGCACCUGGCCGUCAUGUUUCCGCCGACCUGUACCGAUGGCCAGCAGACGGUGUACGGCGCGGCGAGGCACGAGCAGCUCCACGUGCCCUGCCAGGUGCAAUCCUACCCCGAGCCCUCGUCUUUCAGGUGGGCGGUGAACACGUCGACGGGCGUGGUGGACGUGGCACUGAACCUGUCCAGCAGCGUGGGCCGGCGAUCUAUGGUGCGCUACACGCCGCAAACACACCACGACUUCGGGGAGCUGCUGUGCUGGGCGACCAACCGAGUGGGGCAGCAGCGGCGACCCUGUGUGUUCCGCGUGAUCCCUGCAGCCAAGCCCGAGGCGGUGCACGGGUGUCGGGCUGAGCGCAACUCCACCAUGCCGGCGAGCUACGUGGUGCUGACCUGCUCCCCGGGCUGGGACGGAGGACUCAACCAGACCUUCACGUUGGAGGUGCGACAGGCGGCCAAGGAGGAGGUGUUGGAGGCCUUUAGACAUGCCUCUGACCCGCUCUUCAUCAUUACGGGGCUCAAGCUGAGGACACAAUACUCCCUCACCGUCACUGCAGCAAACUCCCGCGGCUCCAGUCCCCCUGUCACCCUCAACUACACCGCCACCGCUGCCUCCGCCGAUAAAGUGGUCUCGCCGCACGCCCACACCUCCCUGCUGAGCAUCACGCCCCUUCUAGUGCUUCUGCUUGGCUCCCUGGUGGCCGUGUCUGCGUGCGUGGCCGUGGGCGUGCUGCUGGUGAAGCGGGGACAUGGUAGGAGGAAGAGCAGGACCAAGAUUCUCUACGCGGGGCCCUUGAAGGAUGAGCUGGAAAACCACGACCUCCACACCAUCGUCUGCGUUAAUCGAGAGUGCGAGAAAGAGGAGCUUAUGCGGUCUUCGGGCACAACUACUGGCAACCUGUACGUCACUCCUUCGGCAUUACUAAACAACUCCGGGUUGUCGGUGGAGAGUGAUGUGCCGCUGCGGGAGAGGACGCCGAUGGCACCGUUGGCGUCACAGGACUCGCUGGGCCGCUGCUCCACGCCCUCCUCCAUCUCCACCUCCAAGACCACCUCCUCCAACUCCUCCCGCUCCUCCCACAACUCCUCCGCCACCGUCGCCCUCAACCCAGACUACCUCGCCCGAGACCCCGAGUACCUCAUCAAAAACCCCGACCUGCUCAUGAGGAACCCUGAUUUCCUCUCAAGAACGCCCGACUUCAUCAUCAAAAACCCGGAUUUCCUGAUGAAGGGUUGCGAUUACCCAGGGAAGAACGCGGAUUACCUCAUCAGGAACCCGGAAUACCUGGCCGUCAGUCCGGAAUACGUGGCCCCGAGCUCCGAGUACCUGCCGAAGAGGACCGAGUACUUGAUGCCGUGUUCUGAGUAUCUGGCAAGGAGAGCGGAGUACCAUGGGUCUGAGGUGGGCUGCAUGGGCAAGAGUCACCCGCUGCUGGGGGACGAGACGCGCCCUUGCUGCCUCCAGGCCCAUAAGGAGAGUUCCGUCUAGCCACCCACCCUGCGAGAGAGAGAGAGAGAGAGAGAGAGAGAGAGAGAGAGAGAAAAUCACCAAGAGUACUCCAAAACACCAAAACUUCCGCAGUUGAAGGAAAAGAUUCAACAACAACAAUAACAUCAGCAAUAAAGUCGUGUAAACUAAACCCUUGAAGACGACACGAAGCAAAAACGGGAUGCCUUGGAACGAGAACGACCUGCAGGACCUUCGGGAGGGAGAGACGACCCCUCUGUCGCGCCAGGAGGAAACAGAUGGGCAGCAGCGGCGGUGGAGCAGCGAUUAGGAAGGUGGCAGGAGGCAGGAAGGAAGACGAGGAGGAAGGAAGGAAGGAAGGCAGACAGGCAAGCAGGCGGGCGAUGUGUGAUCAUGUGCAGGGCGUGAGAGAUGCAGCCGCGCCGUGAUGCAGCCGCCAUUCCCGCUGCCACGAGGGGAUAGAUGGUGGAGGCUGAGAGGUAGUGCUAAACAAGAGGAGGAAGAGGAGGAGGAGAGACACAUACGAAGAGGAGGAGGAGGAGAGACACAUACGAAGAGGAGGAAUGUCUAGUGGCCGUCGAAGUGCAAUGUGUGAUGUGUGGCAGGAGACGAUGGGAAGGAUAACCACGAAGGAGAUGGAGAUUCAGUGUACAGUCGGUGACCCCUUGAGACAGUGAUAAGAGUGAUAAGGGCGCCUCUCCCUCUCGCUCUCUCUAUCUCCAAGGCCGAGACAAUAACAGUCGUGACAAAUGGUGCUCAAGAGGACGUCAACCCACCGCUAACGCCGCCGCCGCCGUCGUAAUCAUUCCUCCCUCCUCUCUCUCUCUCUCUCUCCCUUUCUCCCAUCCCAUCUAUAUAGUCGAAUCGCCCCGGCCGUGAGUGACAGUACGACCCUGGCGGCCAAACGGUAAACUGAUCCAUAUGCAGGGCUGGAGGCGAGGUGAGGGGGGUGAGGGGGUGCCCGAAGCCUGAAAUGUGUGAGAGUAGUGGAUGGGUGUGGGCGUGAGUGAGGCAUUUAUGGUGUGUGUGUGUGUGUGUGUGUGUGUGUGUGCGCGCGGUUCCCGGUGGAGGUCUGUCCAUUAAGGAGAUUAAUAACAAACAGAAAUAUACUCCGAGAAAAAUGGAAUCAGUGGUGGACUACGUGACUCUUUUAUAUAUUUAUGAUGCCCUGCCUUCAUUGUUGUGAUUGCUAGGUACACCCGGAGAGAGAGAGAGAGAGAGAGAGAGAGAGAGAAAAUCACGCCCCAUUUCAGGCAACGGAAAGGUGAGCAAGGAUUGUGGUCAUGUCUGUCAAAGAAGACUGUCUGUCCAUUCUCUAUCUAUCUAUAUAUCUAUCUAUCUCUAGAACUACAGCCACCACCACCACCCUCACAGCACCAGCUUCCAAGUAGUACCUCUUCUCAUCACCUACACACAGCAGACCACCUGAGACGCAACACCUCGGCAUCAUCCCCUCAACGCCUUCCAUACUGAGUGCCCCGCUGAGCUCCGUCAACGAGGCCUCGACAUACAUAUCAUAAAAACUAAAACCCAGGGUCCAAGAACGUCCCCUUGUGGAUCCCCCGUGGCUUCUUGUUGACGGGGUGAAGCUGUGUGUUUGUGUGUGUGUGUGUGUGUGUGAGAGAGAGAGAGAGAGUGGUGCCUGUUGGUGCUUUACUCUGUCUUUCUCUUUAGUCAAAACACACACACACACACACACACACACACACACACACACACACACACACACACACACACACACACACACACACACACACACACACACACACACACACUAGAAACUUGACCUCCCCGCCACCUCAGAGCUCAGGGAUGGACGUCUAGUAUGCAAAUGGUCGUCCUAACUGUGACUGUCCGGGAAUAUUGGGAAGCCGAGUACGUGCGUGUGUGUGUGUGUGUGUGUGUGUGUGUGUGUGUGUGUGGAAAAGAGAGAGAAAAAGAGAAGACUCAUCAAAACACACUGUUCCCUAGUACAACAGGCUCUCCUCCUCCUCCACCUCUUCCUCCUCCUCUUUCUGAUUUUACUAUCCCUCUCUUUCAUUUUCCUCUUCCUCCUCCUCCUCCUCCUGAUCUUGCUUGUUCCCUCUCCUCAUGCUACUCGACGUCGGCUCCCCGCUCACCCACCAUCGACCUCCCUCGAGAUGGUCAAGUUAAUGUCUUGCGGACGGAAAAAUACACCGUCGGUAACGACCACAGGGCCUCCCGCGCCUCCGCCUCCCCGCCCGAGACUGCCCCGCGCCCUGCCAAUAACUAGCCCUCUUCGCGGAGCUGACUUACGUAUCGGCUAUCGCUGGAGAGGCCGCGAGAAGGCUCUGUGUGUGUGGAAGAUGUCCCCUGUGAUCUGUGGACGAGGACGAGGACGAGAACGUGGAGAGCAAAGGGGAAAACCAGAGAAAUAAAAAUACGUGCAUGAAGGAGGAACCGAAUGAGAGAAAGAUGCGUCGAGGGGGAAAUGAAAUUCUUCGAUGAAGGACGAGAGGAAUGGGAGAGAAAAAAUAAUAGUGCGGAACGAAGGAAAGGAGGCGAGGCGCGUCAAGGAUGCCCCCGAGCAACGUUGUCUUACCUGAUGAUUGUGUGUGUGUGUGUGUGUGUGUCCACCACCACUAACUAUCUGUACCGCGUCACCUCCUUCACCACCACCGUCGUAGUCACUGUCGUUAGCUGUCGUCGUUCUCACCACCAGCUGUCUGUCUGUCAGUCCUCACGUGGCGCCGCUCCUGUGGCCUCGACGCCGCCACGAUGUCAUCCACUUUGUUUGUAUUGUCGGCUGACUCGCGUGUGCACCGCAGGUGUGUACACGCUCGUCAGCUGGCCUGUGUACGAGCCUCAUGAUAUGUACACAUACAUUAUCUGUCACAUUGAUAUGACAUGUAUAUGUCCUGUGUACGCGUAUCAUCAUGUGCACACACCCAUCAGGUGACCCGUGUACACGCCUCACCACGUGUACACAUUUAUCAUCUGACUCGUGUGCACCUCAUCAGUUUACACAUACGUCACCUGUCACGCCUUGGUCUAGCCUGUGUGUGAUCUGUGUGCGUGCAUCACCUCGUGUACACACUCAUCAGCCAGUUCGUGUACACCUUUCACGUGCACACGCUCAUCACAAUGUUUCUUCGGCUUUUAUCACGUGACCAGGUUUGUUGUAAAGUGGUCGUCGUCGCCGCCCGGGAGUGGUCCGCCCAACGUCCACCAAAAGAUUGCCUCACCGUCACUUAAAACAAUGGCAAUGUCAUUACACACACACACACACACACACACACACACACACACACGCACACACUGCUACGACACCACUAUAUAGUAGGCCAGAUAGUCGUACGCUCACUCCCGAUCAGCUCGUUACAGAUUUCCAAUGCACGGAAUUACAGAGACAUACUGGGCAUGGCAAAAUUCCACAUUGCGCCUUUUUUUAUAUAUUUAUCCUCCACCUCUUGGUCUGUCUCCCUUACCGUAGAGAUAUAUGCGCGAGUCACAAAACCGAGAAAGCUGCAAGGAAUCGGAUGAGUUGGAGAAAAGUGACGUCACGGGCGUCAUCGGCGUGCCUCGGGGCAAAAAUCGCGGGGCAAAAAUCGCCAGUUCGCGCACCGUAGCUGUGGGUCGCGGAGGCUGACGGGCGUGUUGGUUGAGUGUGUGUGUGCGUGUGCGCGCGUGCUGCCUUCUAAGUAACUUAAGUCGUGCUUCUCGAUCCCGCGAAAUUCCUGCCACUAAGAGGAUCAGGCAACUCUCACGUAAUCGGAAGUUCAGUAAGAGGACGCCGUAGUUCUUCCCCGAGUGCCGCGCUGCUGCCUGCCUCGCCCUCCAGCCCGCCUACGCGCCGUAAGUUGUGCCAUUUGUCCAUUAAGUUCCAAUUACCCGCGCCAUUGACCCCCUUCCCUCUCCCCUGACACGGAGUAAGGUGGAUGGGUCUGUUUCCCUGUGUGGUGUAGCCUCGACGCCGGCCAGUAUUAAUUAAUGAGCCCAUGUGAAUGAAGCGGUUAACCUUGACGUGAGUUUGCUUCGAACGAGACUCUUUCGAAUCGCUUGUUUCUCCUUGGAAUGGUGGUUCGUCUAACUCACUGACUUUUCAUAGUUGUUGCAUUAUUUAAGGGAGAGGAAGUCUUUGCUGAUGAGGGAUGAACGAGACUGUUUCCAACCGGUUUUUUCUCUUUGGACUGACGGUUCGUUUUACUCAAUAACUUUUCAUAGAUGUUGCAUUAUUUAAGGGAGAGGAAGGCUUUGCUGAUGGCGAUGUGACAUGUGGUGGGUGGCGUUUAUUAUGUUUGUUCUCAUCACGUAUUCAAGUGGCGAUUUGUCCUUGUCACUCUUAAAUAUGAUGCUUCGUCUGUAUGUCCCGGGUGGUUCUACGGGCAGCGGCGGUGGCGGCGGCGCCCUAAACAACCACUGAUACACACACACACACACACACACACACCAGGUAGCCAUUCAGUCCCUCGGCCGAGAUUCUUACCUGUGUUUAUCUCACUCCUCAGCGGCCGUGUUUGUACCAUAUUUGUGUUCGCCCUUACUUAGGUUUACAUCUAUCUAUAUCACUCGGUUUUUAUCGUAUACUACUAAGUGUGUGUA